AUGUCGAUUGUAAAUAAUAAUAAUAAUACACUUGAUGCCAUGAAUCAAUAUGAAACAACAUCAUGGUCUAAUUUUAAAAAUAUUUUAAUAGUAGUAUCGGAAAUUGUUAUAGUCUUCCUACUAGUCUUAUUAAAAAUGUUGCAUAAACUUGCUAAUAAUGGAUGGAACUUCAAAUCUUCAUGGUUCAAAAUUAAGUCUGUUGAUAAGUAUCGUCGCCGAUUUCGUCAACGAGAAAUUCAACAACGUGCUAUGUUAAACGUUAUCGAAUGUGUAAAUGAGCGAUCUCUAGCUAUUAGCUCAAGUAUUUACUCAAAUGUUGAGUAAGUUAAAGUUGCAUUACUCCGACACCAUUUUCAUCAUGUUUUUAUUUCCAUUUAGUUCAUCUCAACCAAUAUAUACCAUUUCCACUGUUUGAUCUUUUAUAUUUGUUAUUUAAUUUAUUAUUGUCUUUUGUUGCUCUUUUUUCUUCUUGUACCAAUCUCAAUAUAGUGUUUUUUUUUCACAAUUAAAUAUAUUAACUUAUCGCAAUAAAUGUGAAUACAAACUAAAUAAGGAAUCUUUUUUCAAAUGAAAUGAAUCAUUGAGUAGCUGCCUAUUUCGACUUAUAUUUUAAAUGGAACGUUUUUUAAAAAUCGUCAGCUAAACUAACCAGAUAGGGAAAGAUACAGAUUUACCUCAAUAGAUAUUAAUAGAUAUCAAUGAGUACAGUUCAUAUAACUAGAUAUACACUGUCCCGUAUAAGUUAGGAAUAGAUUUAGUUUUAGUUAUGUAUAUAUAAUUUAUAUAAAUAGAUAACACUGUCCUGUAGGUUUUAGGAAUAGAUUUAGUUUUACAUUCACUUUCGAAUAAAUGACAAACAAAUCUUGCAACCCUGCAGAGAGAGAAAGAGACACUCACCCACCUUGCAGAGAGAGAGAGAGAAAGAGACACCCACUCCCCUAGGGAGAGAGAAAGAGACAACCAGUCCCCUAGGGAGAGAGAAAGAGACAAUAAUAAAUUAAAUAACAAAUAUAAAAGAUCAAACA